AUGGCCUCUGACCUAUCCUCGGUGCAGGUCGGGGACCGCCGCUCCUACGACGGAGCCCCGUGCACCAUCCGCUAUAUAGGCGGCGUCAAAGGCACUUCGGGCGCCUGGCUGGGCGUCGAAUGGGACGACCCUGCGAGGGGCAAGCACGACGGCUCUCACAAAGGAGAGCGGUACUUUACUUGCAUAUCACACUCCUCCACAGCAGCCUCGUUUGUACGCCCGACGCGCCCGGCGGAGCCAGCCCGCGGCCUUCUCAGGGCCCUGGUGGACAAAUACACGGCGGAGCUCGCCGAUGCCGCCGUCAUCAAGUUCUCCGGCAAGGUGGCCGAGGAGGUCGGAUUUGCCAAGACCCGGCGCAAGCAGGCCAACCUCGGCGAGCUGCGUGUCGCCAUACUCGACGGAGAGCGCAUCGCGUCUGCAUAUGAUCCGGGCAACGGCGACGAGCAUGAGGCUGGCAAAAGCCAUGGGUCCGUGUCUAUCAGCCAGACGUGCCCGAAAGUGCGAGACCUGGAUCUGAGUCGGAAUCUGCUCCGCCGGAUAGGCGAUGUGGUUGGGAUCUGUAGUGAGCUCCCGGCUCUGCGAACCCUGAGGUUGAAUGGAAAUCGCUUCGAAGGCGUGCUCGAAGAUGAAACCCUACUUGGAGACAGGUGCCUUGACGCAUUCAAAGGCCUCGAAGAGCUGGCUGUCGAGGACACACUGAUGACCUGGGAGGAGAUAUGCCAUUUUUGCGCAAGAUGUGAGAGACUCCUAUCGCUGUCGGCGAGCACAAAUCAACUCUCGCGAUUGCCACCCACGACGGCUUUACUCUCACCGUCGUCGAUGACGACAAACCUGGUUGCACUCACUCUCGAAUUCAACGAGCUCACUUGCAUAUCGGACAUUGCCAGCCUUGGGGCCCUGAAGGCACUCCGCAACUUACAUCUCAAGUGUAACAACAUCAGGACCAUACUGCCUCCUGGUGACCCGGAUCAAGGGAAAGAUGCCCACGCAAACCUGAACCCGACGCAAUACGCCUCUGAGCUUCCCGUCUUCUCCCCGAGCGUCCAGUACAUCGACGUGUCCUACAACAAUGUCGAUUCCUGGGACUUUGUCGACAGCCUGCCGACAUGCUUUCCCGGGCUCACAGCACUACGCUUCGCCCACAACCCGAUAUACGACAACCCGGACCCAGACCACUCAUCCGCCGCGACGACAAAGAACCUCACCGAGGAGGCGUACAUGUUCACCGUCGCGCGCCUGCCGAACCUGAAGGCCCUGAACUUUGGCACAAUCUCCAAGGAGGACAGGCAGGACGCCGAGAUGUUCUACCUGGCGCGCAUCGGCAAGCACCUGGCGGCAAUCGCAGUGCCUGCUGCGCCGCCUGCAAGCGGCAGCAACACUACCACCAGCACCAGCGACGGUACCAUAAACAACACCGCGGAAGAGGAAGACAUGCAGACCUCGAAGAAGCUCGUGCGGGACCUCGAGGCCGCUCUCGUCAAGCGUCACCACCCGCGCUACGCGGAGCUGUGCGAGCUCUACGGCGCCCCGACGGUCGUCCGGCGCCGGGAGAUCAACCCGGCGUUCAUCGAGGCGCGGCUGAUCACCGUGCACUUGUCCUAUACACCUUCCCCUCCCCAUCCCACUUCUUCGUCGCCAUCGUCAAAUGUAUUGGCCCCCACCACCACUUCCUCCUCCUCGUCCACAGCAGCAGCAGCAGCAGUACCGACAGAGCCGGAAAUGGUGACCAGGACGGUACAGAUCCCCAAAUCACUGGAUAUAUACGCGGUCAAGGGCAUCGUGGCGAGGAUUCUCGGUUUCAAUGCCACCACCACUACGUCUGCCCUUUCAGCGGGGUCAGGGUCAGCAGAGGGUAGAAACAGGAGGAACGACGACGGCUUGGGCAGGACGAAGCCGCUCGACUUGCGCCUGGUGUGGGAGACCGGGGAAUGGGACCCGGUAGCGGACUUUGACGAGCAAGUCGACGACGACAGCGACGACGAUGCUGGCGAAGGAGAAGGAGACGAAGAAGAAGAGGAGGAGGAUGACCAGGAAGAGGCCAGGAACGGCAAGAGACAGGAGCCGGAGGCAGGUGAAGAGGGAGAUGGGGCCGACCCAAGUCCAACUGGACAAGCAGGCGGGAAGUGGAUCAAGCGUGAGGUCGAGCUGCCAGAUGGGCCGCGGCAGCUUGGUUUCUGCGUUGACGGGCAGGAGGUGCGGAUCCGCGUCGAGUUGCGUUAA